CAUGAACGCUAAUCGGAACACAGCCCUCGCCGCGCGUUGUUGUCACGUGACGGAGCAUUUCCUCUCGGCGGCAGAUUCGGUUGCCUGCUAAGAAGCUUGAGUUGAUAAACCCAAACACAAACAAACGGAACCGGAGCCGACAAUGGAUUCCCAAAAUCAUCAAGGAUCACCCUCAAAAAAUGACCACCCACCAUCAUCCGUUUCUGAGGGCGUAACGCCCGUACAUUUAUUAAGGAUGAAAGAUAUUAUGGCAAACCAGUGUUUUGACAUGAAUAUUAAGGUCAAUAUGGGAAAACUUCAAAGACCAUGUGACACAUUCGAUGCUGAAGCAGAUCUGUCUAAAUUUGAAAACACAAUAGAACAGGCAAGACUCUCACAUUUCAACAAAACACUGGCACUGAACAGAAUGCAGGUUUGGAACGCCGUCAUUGAGAAACUGAUCCAGAGUGAUACUGGAGAUGUGUCAUUGCAGGCAAUGGUUAAUGAAAAUGCAGAUCUCUGUGAAAAGACAUUGAAACUUACAAAGGAAAUACGUGAACUUCAGGACCAAAUUACAGACGUUCAAAAGAAGAGACUUGAGAUGAAAGGCCUUAUUAAGAAGAAGAUGCAAGCGAUUAAUGAGCUGAAACAGAUGAGAGAGAAUCAAGGGCAGGUAGAGAAACAGGCCGUGGAGCGUGCUGAAGCAAUCCUGCAGAAGUACCAGAAGAUCGCUACCAUUUCCCAAAACGUUCUCCGGGGGAUCAUACUUGCCAGCAAGGUCAAUUGGAUCGACGACCCUAAACUGAAAGACAUUGCAAUGGGACUGGAAAACAUCCCCAAGUGAACAGGACCCAGUUAAAAUAUUUUCAAAUAAACAGCAGCAGCAGC